AUUUUGCGAACACGCUAAAGAUGGCGGAUGAAGAUUUUAGCGGAAUGCUUCAACUGAGAAAAGAAGCCAUCAAAUUGGCUGAAUUAGAAGUCAAGAACUUUCCAGGAUUACUGGAGAGGUCUUUUAUUCUUACUAAGUACGCUGGGGUUUCUCAAGAAAGUUCUGAAUUUCGCGUGAUGCAGUGGAAUGUGCUGGCUGAUGCAUUAUCAUCGUCCAGCUCCACCUCUAACUUUAUCAAGUGUCCCAUUCAAGCAUUAGCAUGGUCCAACAGAAAGCACCGUAGCUUCCAAGAAAUCCUCAACUACAACCCUGAUAUUAUAUGCUUGCAAGAAGUUGACCAUUUUUCUGAUUUCUACCUCCCUAAACUACAAGAACUUGGCUAUGAAGGACUCUUUCUUCCCAAGAAAGACUCACCUUGCUUAAAAUUUGCUGAUAAUUCUGGUCCAGAUGGCUGUGCAAUCUUCCUUGACGAAGAAAGGUUCAAAUUGGAGGAGUCAGAAGAGAUUUCAUUACUUGAUCAAGAAGACAAAACAACAAACCAAGUAGCUUUGCUUGUGAAACUUUUUGACAAAAAAGAAAAGAAAGGUUUAUGCUGUGUGGUUACACACUUAAAAGCCAAACCAGGAUUUGAGGAAUUACGAGCUGCUCAAGCAAAAAGUAUUCUUAAAUCUUUGACAAACUUUGUUGAAAGUGAAAAUCCUGAGGUGUUGGUCUGUGGUGAUUUUAAUGCAGAGCCCUCUGAACCAGUAUAUAGUGUUAUGGAAGAAGGUAAUAAUAGUUAUUCUUUCCAAAGUGCAUACAAAACAGCAAGCCAAAACGAACCGAAUUUUACUACUUACAAACAGCGACCAAAUGGAGAAGUCAAACAUACCAUCGAUUACGUUUGGCACUCAUCAAACCUUCGAGUAACUGGUUAUUUAGGGGUACCUGAUGAAGAUGACAUUGGAAGUGAUGGAUUACCUUGCAUGUCGUAUCCUUCUGAUCAUCUUGCUCUUAUUUUUGACUUUUGCUGGUCAUAAAUUCACAGACAGUCUGAUGAUACAUUAUUCUAAAAUUAAAGACUGCCUUUCCCCAUAUUUAGUAUGGUUCACAGAUUCGAGUACAUUUGCACACAUCACCUAAACAGGUAUGUAUACUGCCAGAAACCUAACCUUAUGAAUUUCAAAAUUUUUAAAAAAGGGUUAAAAUAUUUUGUCUAGAUGCUGAUAGAGUUGGGAAACAGGAAAUAUCUUGGACAGAUUUGUGGGGAAAUCAGUUUAAAUGACAACUUUUUUUUGACUCCCCUCC